GGCUCCUUUUAAUUUAGCGAUUACAUAUCAGCUCUGAUAAGGAUUUAUAAGUUACUUAAAACAGGUGCUUCGCUAUUUUUCGAGAUUAAUCUACUCGCGAACAGUGCUAAAUUGCGAGGUCGCGGGUGCGCUUACUAUUUUUUCUUGUUGGACGCAUAUAUAUUACAAAUUUUAUUAACUUGUUUUAAUAAACGAAAUGUGACGUAACCUGGCAUCAUAGGUGUAAUUGUAUAGUUAAACCCAAUUAUAUACGGUUUCUUUGUUGAUUAAAUUAGUUCCAAUAAAAAAACAGUCGAAAUACGGUGGAAAUGUUUGUGGAAAUGUGGAAACUCCUUUUAUUUUUAUCGUUAUGGACCAAAGAUGUUUUUUGUUUAGAGUUUAAUUUUGUUGAUCAAAAAGUGCUAAAAUCGGAUGCCAAGGAAGAUAUACUAAUACCAGAAUCAGUGGGACUAGAUCCUACUGGAGAUCUAGUCGAAGUGAAAGGGAUCUACUACAGUAAUGGUGUCAAACCAAGGAUAUUCGUGGAGUACCCUCGACAAGAUGAACUUCUCACUACGUCCAAUGAUAUAGGUAGCCCAGAGGAUGUCAAUUCCAAUGAAAAUGAGGAUGGCAAUUUUCAACCGUGGUCAAUCUUGUGGUACGUAGGAUCGUUCGGCGGUUUAAUAUUCUUCUUCCUAAUCGUAUCGUGUUCGGAAUGGUGCUGCAGAACGCGGUUGAGGAACAGAAAUAUGCAAAGGGGGGCCGCUUCGCCUACUCACAGCGAGUUACCGCCCCCAGCAUACGACUUGUUUGCACCGCCGUCUUACGACAGUUUGUGUAAACCUAGCGGUGCGGAAAAGCGAGAAUAUGAUGUAUACGUCGUUCCUGUCGACACCUUAGAGGCGCUAAGAACAAGCCACCUGGAGGAAAGUGGCGGUGACGAUUCACCUCCAAGUUACAGCAACCAGAUGCGUCAAGAGAUGGUACCUCGCCCGCCCACUGAAGAGGAUAAAUCUGAAACGUCAAAUUCGGCACAAACGUGACUAAGUCUGAGGAAAGGGUGGUACCUAUUGUUCAGUGGACAUCGUGACGAUACUGCUGAAAAGAUGAUUUGGAUCUGUGUGUGCUGGUCGAAGAAAGUGAAAAGACGUUAUUGUAAUAAACAGUAUUUAUCGAAACAAUCUGCUGUGAUUUUAGUUUUAAGUUUAUUUAAUGCCAUAUGCAGCUAAUUUGUUAUAAUGUAUUAUUUAUUACCAUACAUUUUACGAAUACUGUGAUAUAAUAAUAUGUUAAUUCGUUA